GCCCUUUGUGUACCCCGGAAAACUUACGCGGGUAUAUCCCUACACGAAUAAUACGAGCAACGGUCUCAAACGUGAGACGUCUCCCAUAUCCAACGGCGACCGCACUCAAUGGUUACAACGCCAAUGCAGGAUAACCAUGCAACCCACGACCCAUGACGACCCCAAACAGUUGAGGUUUUGCUAAAUAUGGCACAGCCUACUACGGUAAAAGCCUGGGCAGGAUGAUGCCCCCUUUCCCUGUGCAACCUCGUAUGACUUGUAUAUAAGAUCCUUCCUCUGCAAGAAAGUAAGUCGACACCACACUCUCAAAACCACAGCACCAUCUCACAGCACAUAUACCACCACACUUCCCUCUUCCGCCCAGAUCUCCCAUCUAUUUCACAGACCAGACCACCAGUCAAAAUGCUCUCAACAACCCUCCUCCUAGGCCUCGCCGCCUCCGUCCUCGCCACUCCCCAAUACGGCGACUCAGGCGCCGCCUCCACAAUGUCCGGCUCAUCAACAUCCACAGCCUCAGCAUCCACAUCCUCCGCCUCAGGCGUGCACAGCGUCAAAGUCGGACCCGGCCUAACAUUCUCCCCCGACACCGUGACCGCCGCUAUGGGAGACUGGGUCGAAUUCACCUUCGGCGAAGGCCACUCCGUCGCACAAUCCAGCUUCGCCAAUCCUUGCCAACCCAUGAACGGCAGCUCCUACGUCUACUCGGGCUUCCCCGGUGACGGAGACGUAUGGCGCAUCCAGGUCAACUCCACCUCCCCUCUGUGGCUGUACUGCUCGCAGACGGGACAUUGCCAAGGUGGUAUGGCCAUGGUCAUCAAUCAAGCAUCAAGCGGUGCCAACACCCUUGACGCAUACAAAUCAGCCGCCGCCAAUGCUCAAGGCUCCUCCCCUGCGACUGUACAAGGUGGUGUCUUCGGUGCCGCGUCCAACAGCAGCAGCAGUGGCAGCUCCAGCACCUCGGGAAGCGGGUCGUCGUCGACCGCAAGCUCGACUGGAUCGGCCUCAACUUCUUCGUCGUCGGGUACCAGCGCUGGCAGCUCCAACACCGUCAAGAAUGGGUUGAUGCUCGCUGGUGCCAUUGCGGCGGGUGUUGCUGCUGUGUUGUAAAUUGGACACUUUUCUUGAAAGAUGGUGAUGAUGGUUGUGCCUAGAAGUUAGCGAUGGAUAUUGUGCACGCAGGAUUUAGACAUGACAGAUGGAAAUUCGAGACCGGGGUCUAAAAAGUCAU